AUGUUCGCCCGGAGCGCGCGAGCGCUGGGGCAGAGCCUCCGCGCGGCGGCGACGACGACGUCCACGAGCGGAUACGCGACGACGACCGCGACGACCGCGGCGUGGCGCCCCGCCGCGGUCGCGUCCGUCGCGCACGAAUCCCGCGCGACCGCGAUCGGCGCGGCGCGAGGACACCUCGCGAGUCGGUGGAACUCCGCGCCGCGCGCGGGCUCCCAAACCAUCCGCCGCGCGUUCGCCGCGGAGGCCGCGGAGGAGGCCGCGAACGAGCCCACCGCGUUGACGCGGGUCCUCGAAACCAUCGCGACGAUCGCCACCGUCGCCGGGGUCGUCGUCGCCGGGGCGGUCAGCAGCAAUUUUUACGCGCAGACGACGAACGAGCUCGACGCGUCGAUCAAAGCCGGGACGCACGUCCCUUUCGUCCUCCGAGGCACGCCGCUGGAAGAUCCCGUCGACCAGGGAUACCACGCGCUCCUGGAGUUUCGUCGCUGGGCGGACGGGCAGAAGCACGUCUACCUCGAUCCGAUCUCGGACAAACUCCUCCCCGAUCACCCGGUAGGGAUCCCCUCACUUCCCCGUAUCUUCGUUCGUUUUCGUUACAUAUCAUGGUCUACCUCUGCAUCACUCAUAUUACACCGUCCCACCUCUUAUCUACCGCGUCGGGCUCCCCACGUCUUAUAUCGCUCGCGUUAUGACUUGACAAACUACUCGGGCAUGUGCGACGCGGCGUAUAUCCCGCACACGUUAGUCCUCGACCUGGACGAGACGCUGAUACUGUCGCACUUCAGGCGAAGCCGCGGGUGGCGGACGUUCAAACGGCCCGGGGCGUCGGACUUCCUGAAGCACAUGGCGCAGUUCUACGAGGUCGUUGUGUACUCGGAUCAGCUCUCGACGUACGUGGAUCCGAUCGUGGAGCGGUUAGACCCGGAGCGGUACGUCGCGGGGAGGUUGUUCCGCGAGGCGAACCGGUUCUCGGACGGGGAGUAUCUCCGCGACUUGAGCUGCUUAAACCGCGACAUGAACGUCGUGAUUUACAUCACCGCGCGCCCGAAGACGACGCUGCAGCCGGAGAACACGUUGAUCAUCAACCCGUACCAACUCGCCGAGGACGGCGGCGUCGCCCAAGACACGACGCUGCUGGAUCUCAUGCCGUUCCUCGAGAGCAUCGUGCGGUUGAACGUUCGCGACGUGCGCGAGGUGAUCGCGUCGUAUAAGAAAGAGAUGGAGACGACGGGGCGGAGCAUACCGGAGAUAUUCCGGUCGAGGCAGGUCGCGUUUCAGCGGGCGCAGAGGGAGAAGAACGCGAAGAACAAGGGGGGGUUCAAACGCGACGGCGGGAGAGGGUGGGGGCGGUGA